AUGGGUCCCCAACGCACUGCUCGACACUUAGUAUCUACCCGUCAUCAUCCUCAUCAGUUCCCGGAACUUCGUCGACAUUCCAUGCUUACUCGAAGUAUGGCUCGGGCUCAGCCUGCUCCUACUAGUACUAGCAGUGACCCUCCUUUUGAACAUCUUCAACGCCACUCUUCGCAGGAGGUCUCUGACCCUUCUUUUUUGGCAAAUUCGGCCUCGCAUAGUCAUGUCACUCAUGGCCACUUCCAGGAGGCUUCUGGCUCUUCAUCCGUCUUGAACGCUAAUUCGUUCUCUUCGCGCGAGGCUCCCGACCCUCACUCCCUCCUGGACACCACCAGCAGCGAUAGCUUGCUCGAUGUCCUCAAUACUUUGGGCGAACUUCCCUCGAAGCCUAGCGUCCCCUCAGAGCUUUUGACGAACUUCGAUCAAAGCUUCGUCAUGGACCUAGAGAUGUUCAACACCCGCUCUCGACGUCUCUUUGAUGAACAGAAAAAAUCGUUGGAAUUCACAAAGCUGCAUAUUGAUAUAUUGGCGCAUCAAUGUACUGAUUUGAGGGCUAUUAGCCAUUUGCGACAAGGUAUUCAAAGAUUGGAACAUUGCUGUUCUUUCUGCAAAGAUCUUGCAUGGAGUCCUCAUCCUGUGGACACACCGCUUGCUCAAGUUGUAUCAACAAUGAGCGACAACGCUUCAUCGUCACUGACAGGAUAUUCCAAUGUCCAGUAUCGUAGGUUUUCAAUCCUUCUUGAUGUUGUGUGUCCUCAAUCUCACAUUUGCCAUGAUCUAUCCGACAUUCCCGCCCUUCAAGCUGGCGCUGUUCCACUUCUGCCAACCUUUUACAAAAAAACAAGCCUUGAGCCGUUUGAAAAUCCCGGUGCUCCUGGAAAUGCAACUGCUAACGGCGUAAAUUUUGACGCAAAUCUGGUCUUAUUCGAAUCUGGUCUUAUCGUCGGAGGACGGUUCGAGAUCAACAGGGUAUCCUUUGUCCCCCCUACAGUCAUCUUACUUCAAAUUCUCAGCGGAGCCACUACAGCAGAUUGGUAUCUGGAAGCUGGUUUUGCUAUUGUUUUUGCUGAGGAUGCACCGGACGUCGCCGCCGUUAAUCCCGUCCCCGAAAAUCAACUUUGCCCAACUUAUGAUGCUUUGACCCCUGUACUACAAAUUACAGUCAUUGCUAGAAUCUAUCUUCAAGCAUCCCCCUUCAUUUGA